UGAAAGUCCAAUGUCGUCGAACGAGUUUUCUCGUGUUUUGUUAUGGUUCGGAGUCCCCCAUUUUUUGGUUUCCAUCAAAUUUUGCUGAAGGUGGAUUUAGCUGAACGUUUCCAAGUUCAUGAGUUUCCACGGUCUAUGUUUGUGACUUCAGAGAUGAUUUAAUCGCACGAUGGUGAUAAGAUCUGCAGAUUCCAAAUCAACCGUACCAGAUAGAAUUGAAGAUAGUAAACCUGUCAAAUAUGGAGAGCUCGUUAUACUAGGUUACAAUGGAUUUAUGCCGCCAGUGGAUAAAGGCCGACGACGAAGUAAGUUUGUUUUGUACAAACGACCUGUUGCAAAUGGUGUCAAAAGGUCUAAACACUAUGUUGUCAAAACCCCACAUUCUACACAGGCAAUCUUGGAUGCUGAGCAACAUUCAAUAUCCUAUACCCUGUCAAGAAACCAAGCGGUUAUUGUAGAGUACAUGCCUGAUGAAGACACUGAUAUGUUCCAAAUCGGCAGGUCCUCAGAAUCCCCCAUCGACUUCGUGAUAAUGGAUACAAUGGCAGGUGAGAAGAGUGGUGAAGGAAAACCUCUAGCCAGCACAAUAUCUCGGUUUGCCUGUCGAAUUUUGUGUGAACGGGAGAACCCUAGCAUCGCUCGCAUUUAUGCUGCAGGCUUUGACUCUUCCAGAAAUAUUUUUCUUGGGGAAAAAGCAACUAAGUGGCAAGACGGGCAUGAAAUAGAUGGUUUAACAACAAAUGGUGUUCUUAUCAUGCAUCCAGCAAGUCAUUUCUGUGGUGACGAUAGCAGACCUGGCGACUGGAAAGAGGUCUCUGUAGGUGGUGGCAUUUUCACAUUGCGAGAUUCAAGAUCAGCGCAACAGAAAGGAAAUUCUGUGGAUGGGGUCACAAAUGUACUUCAAGAUGGGACUUUGAUUGAUCUGUGUGGAGCUACACUUUUAUGGCGCUCUGCAGAAGGUCUCAAAAAUUCGCCGACCAAAGAAUAUUUAGAAGAGUUAGUAGAUAAAGUUAAUGCUGGAAGACCGGUGUGUCCAGUUGGAUUAAACACUUUAGUAAUUCCUCGAAGAAGUGGCCUAGAUAAUGAUAAACAACAGCCAUAUGUCUAUCUUACUUGUGGUCAUGUCCAAGGUCACCAUGAUUGGGGCCAAGAAAAGGAUUCAAAUGGCCGAACAUGCCCCAUGUGUCUUAAGACCGGCAAAGUAGUUAAAUUAAAAAUGGGAAUUGAGGCAGCAUUUUAUGUGGACUCAGGACCUCCGUCGUUUUUUGCCUUCAACCCUUGUGGACACAUGGCAACAGAAAAAACUGUCAAAUUUUGGGCAUCCGUCAGCAUACCGCACGGCACCAACGGUUUUGAAGCUUUCUGUCCUUUCUGCGCUACGCUACUCGAAGGCCAUCCUGGAUACGUAAAACUUAUCUUUAAUUGAAUCUUGGUAGGCAUUGAAAGAAAGUGUAAUACCAGGGUCUGAAGAUUACCAGGUCAGUCCUCUAGCCACUACUUCCUAAAUUGUACCGGAGUGCCAGUCUCCAUGCCCUCCGGUUUUUUACGCAGAAGUUGGAUUCAAGCACCUCAAUGCAUUAAUUUUUAAUUGCUUUUUGGUUGCCACUGUUGAUUUGGACUUGCUCCAGGAGGGAAAGAGAAAUGGUCUUGUGUCCGCCCACCGGAAGAAGUUGCCGGGUAAUCUUCAGAUUAUUUUAAGUUUAAGAUGCUCAAGUGAGCAUUGUCUAACCAUGAUGAACAUCUUGGAAUAGGUCUCUCUAGUGAAAAAGUAUACACUUAAACUUUAACUUUCAAGCAAGUACGUACUAUCAUGACAUUAUCAGGGUGUCUAGCAACAAAAAGAACUUGGCAUUUGUGAAUUUUUUUUAGAGAGAAAACCUAGGAAUGGAUUUCUGCAAAUAUUUUAAUUGAUAUUUUUUUGAUGGAAUUGUUGCAAUUGAAUUUUGUUUAUUGAAAAACUCGUGGAGGAUGAGAAAUUUUACAAACACCUUCCUUAUUAGGCGUUUCUGCCGCGAGUACUGUCAGAGCUGCAUCAUUUUACAACUUCAUGAAUGCUCUCAAAUUUCUUGUUGAUCGCUGGUACGAUCUCUAAUAUUUAUGGGAGUUGUGUCUUUUAUUUUGAUAUGAAUCCUGGAUAUAAAUUGUGUUAUUUUAUAGUCUCCAACAAAUUUUAUGGUCCAUCCAAACUGCUGUGGAGAGUUAGCAUUUGAUUACUCAGUUUGGAAUUCAAAACUGGGGAUUGUUCAAAAAUUAAGUCAGAAUUUGUCUCCAGCCUUGAACUUGCAGAUCAUCAUCAAUGGCCGCAGCGAUUAAUGAAAGAAAGCGACUACUUUCCAACUUUGUAUUUCAAUUCCACAUAAGGUAGCCUCAAGUUCUAAGAAUAUCUUAGGCUGUUUGAAGCAUGACGUAGAUUAUCUACCAUUAUGUGUUCUCAUUUUUACCGCAAGAACUGGCUUUUAUACUGUGACAUAUAAGUGUGCAGGGGUGAGAAAAGUUUGCUUAGAAGAGUUCAAACGCCGUGUGAUUGUGCCAUAUCAGAUUUUUCACUGAAUUUAGGGAAAUACGAAGCCCCCACCACAUUGCGUUGCUAAAAUGUUGCUUUAUAGUUGACAACAGUAUCAGUUCCAAGAUCAUAGAAUUCCAACUGCAGCUGCAAGAAUACAUUUAUCAGACAAGCUCCUAGAUAACUAUAAAGGGUAGUGUUGCAAUCUUAUGUCACAGUCCAAGUAAUUGUGCAAAAUAUGCAAUUCCUUCAGAGAGAAGUAUCUCACUAAUGACCCAACAUUCACUUUGUAGUAUGUAAACUCAUUCAAGGUAAAAAAAUUUGUAUCAGUUUUUUUCAAUGUCCCACAUUUACGAAGUUUUGAUCUCGCAGCGUUUGAAAAUUUUAUUGUACUAAGCCCAUGCACAACUUUAAUUCGAAAGCUUACUUUUAUGUGAGUGAAAAGAACAGUGGUUUCAAAAUCUUACUAUUUCUCUGAAAUUUCGUAGUGAAAUAUGUAUCAUUACCUGGUCAGAAAUAUUUUAGAAGUAUUAUUAUUCAUAAUUAUUCAUUUAUGAAUAUUUUAGAACUAGAAUUUUUUUCUGCUUGAUUUGCUAGACACCCCAAUCAAUGGAGCCGGUCUGAGAUUUAAGCUUGCUAACAAAGUUAACACGAUGUCCAUAUCAUUGAGCUGAUGAAGUUCUAUUCUUAGUUUAAUUUUCCACUCAUGUUUUAAUGGUUUGAAGAAGUUAUUCUGGGAGCAUCCAGUACUAAAUUAUGUAUUGUGGCCCUUCGUGGUUGUGUGGCUUUCGUUUUAACAAUGGGGCUGUUGCAAAUGACCUUGAAAAUAGGUACAUACUUCCCGGGUAGUCAUAGCAAGAAAUGUGUUACUGAGUUGAAAUCCUGCUUAAAAGUCACUUUCCCAGGGAAACUUUACUUACAUAAAAAAUAAGAUUAGAGAAACAUUUAUUUCCAUAUUUUGUUAACAUUUUCCAAAACUGAAUUUGAAUGAGAACAUCUGCAACAGUCCCAUUGUUUUUGGGCUUCUUUUAAUACAGGGUGUUUCAAAAGAAAUCUUUCGCCUUUAAUAUAUUUUUCGAACGGAUUCGAUUAUCAAAGAACACCCCAUGGGGGGCUCUUUAAUACAAAUGUGUAGUAAAGAUGGCCCCCUCAAAAAUCGUUAACUUGUGUUCCAGCAUUUUUUGAUAUUCGAAUAUGUCUAAAAAAUGCUCAAGGUGGAUACUUUCUUCUGAGACACUCUGUACAUCAUUUUGUUCCAAGUAGCACAUAGGCAUGUGAUGGGGAGGGGUACCUUUCUCCAAACUUUGUAAAAUAAGUACUAUCUUUUGAUUUUCCCACUCCCUUCCUUAACAUGUAUAGAGAUAGAAUACUGUUCUUGAGCACCCACCCUGCCCUGAAUCCUUCAUUUUCAGGACCCCUUCCCAUCCAUUAAUAAUUAAUGAAAAAAAGACUCCGAAGAAUAAUUUUAAUAUUCCAUACAAUGUCACUUAACAGUGUGAUGUCAAAUAAAGUCAGGAUACUUGAUUUUAAUAUUUUUAAAUGAUUUUAUGUGCUGAUUAAAAUGCUAGUAUAGUUUACCAGGAAACUUUUAAGCAAAAGAAGAUAAGAUAUUUUCUAAGUAAAUUUAUGUCAGUUGAUUUGCAGUUAAAAGUGAAUUAUCUUAGAGUCCAAGAUACUGGGUGAAAAGUAGUUGCAAGAGUUUAAGCUUUCUAAUUGAUUUUAAAAUGUUGAUUUUAAUUUGCUCUUAUUUUCCUUUGAUUUUGAAAGGAUAUUCUCUGGAAUAACAUCUAAUUAAUGCCUUUGAAAAUCUCCUGUAUUUAUUUACUUCUUUUUGUUCCUGUACAAACAUUGCAAUUUUUGAAAAAUGUUCUUGUAUCUUUAUCAAUCUCGGAACUAAUUUCAGAGAAUCUGUUAUAAAAUUAUUUAAUGAAGUAUGAUUAAUUAAAAGAUAAAA